AUGGGGUGCCGCCGGCUCGCUAGGAGCUGGUCGGGGUCGGAUGGCCCCUGCGGCAAAGGCGGUGCUCGUGUUGACGGGGACCUCGACGUAGCACGUAAGAAAGAAGUAACAGGGAAAUUAAUUACUCUUUUGGUCUCUGGUCUGUUUACUAAUCAUUGGUAUUUAAAUAGGUGGCUGAAUCCAUUAUUUAUUAUUGGCCACAAACGGAAACUUGAAGAAGAUGAUAUGUACAAAGUACUGCCAGAAGAUUCCUCUAAGAAACUUGGGGAGGACUUACAGUGGUACUGGGAUAAAGAGGUGCAAAAAGCAAAAAAGAGAGGAAAAACACCCCAUUUGACAAAAGCUAUUAUUCUUUGUUACUGGAAAUCCUAUUUAGUUCUUGGAAUUUUCACAAUGAUUGAGGAAACCCUCAAGAUAGUUCAGCCAAUAUUUUUGGGAAAAAUUAUUAGUUAUUUUGAAAACUAUGAUGCCUCAGAUGAGGUGGCUUUGAAUAUUGCAUAUUGCUACGCAGCUGCUCUGUCUGUGUGCACACUCAUUCUAGCUAUAAUGCACCACUUAUACUUCUAUCAUGUACAGCGGGCUGGCAUGAAGCUAAGAGUGGCUAUGUGUCAUAUGAUUUAUCGGAAGGCACUUCGUCUCAGUAAUGUAGCUAUGGCAAAAACUACCACUGGACAAAUAGUAAAUCUUCUCUCAAAUGAUGUGAACAAAUUUGAUCAGGUAACAAUUUUCUUGCACUUCUUGUGGGCUGGACCAAUUCAAGCUGUAGCAGUAACAGUACUUCUCUGGAUGGAAAUAGGCCCAUCAUGUCUUGCAGGAAUGGCGGUACUGAUUAUUCUUCUGCCUAUACAAACCUGCAUUGGGAGGCUUUUUUCUUCUUUAAGGAGCAAGACAGCAGCCUUUACAGAUGUCAGGAUUAGGACCAUGAAUGAAGUCAUAAGUGGUAUGAAGAUAAUAAAGAUGUAUGCGUGGGAAAAAUCAUUUGCGGAACUUGUGAGUGGUUUGAGAAGGAAGGAGAUUGCCAUGGUUUUGAAAAGCUCCUACCUUCGAGGAUUGAACUUAGCCUCUUUCUUUGUGGCAAGCAAAAUAACAGUGUUCAUGACUUUCAUGGCAUAUGUACUACUUGGCAAUGUUAUCUCUGCAAGUCGGGUGUUUGUUGCAGUGUCCCUGUAUGGCGCAGUCAGACUGACAGUAACUCUGUUCUUCCCUUCGGCUGUUGAGAGAGUAUCCGAGGCAGUGGUUAGCAUACGGCGAAUCAAGAACUUCCUGAUACUUGAUGAGGUCUCACAUUUCAAACCACAACUGCAUGAUAAUAAUGAGAAUGUCAUUCUUCAUGUUCAGGAUUUGACUUGCUACUGGGAUAAGAGUUUAGAAAGCCCAGCACUCCAACAGCUUUCAUUUACCGUCAGACAAGGGGAAUUACUGGCUGUGAUCGGUCCUGUGGGAGCUGGAAAAUCUUCACUCCUAAGCGCUGUGCUUGGUGAGCUGCCUAAGGAGAAAGGUUUGAUAAAUGUUUCUGGAAGAAUUGCCUAUGUUUCUCAGCAGCCUUGGGUGUUUUCUGGUACUGUAAGAAGUAACAUACUGUUUGACAAGGAGUAUGAGAGAGAAAAAUACGAAAAAGUUUUAAAAGUCUGUGCUCUCAAAAAGGACUUGGACUUACUAGCAAACGGUGACCUAACAGUUAUAGGAGAUCGUGGAGCUACGCUGAGUGGGGGACAGAAGGCCCGUGUAAAUCUGGCCAGAGCUGUAUAUCAGGAUGCAGAUAUCUAUCUUUUGGAUGAUCCACUGAGUGCAGUAGAUUCUGAAGUUGGAAGACAUUUGUUUGAAAAGUGUAUUUGUCAGGCUUUACAUCAGAAGAUCUGUGUUUUGGUGACUCACCAGUUGCAAUAUCUCCGUGCUGCAACUCAGAUUCUAAUACUAAAAGAUGGUAAAAUGGUGGGAAAAGGGACCUAUUCAGAGUUCCUGAGGUCUGGCAUCGACUUUGCUUCCCUUCUGAAAAAAGAGGAGGAGGCAGAACAGCCAUCAGUUCCAGGCACCCCCAACCUGAAGUCCUCCCGGAGCCGUACCUUUUCAGAGUCCUCUGUCUGGUCCCAGGAUUCUUCUGUCCACUCAGUGAAAGAUGGAGCAGUGGAGCAGCCACCUGUGAGUACUCAGAGAACAGAAACAUCACAAUUCUUGUUUGGCUGUGUUGGUUUUUUGUUUGUUUGUUUGUUUGUUUGUUUUUAA